UGAUGUUAGGGUGUUGCUUCACGCUGCGCGUUCAGUUAGACAGUCACUAGAGUGAGUAUGACCUUUGGUGCUCACAUGAACUCGUCUUUCAUUGGUGCUUUGUUCAAAAAACUUUCUAGGUGACCUUAUUUGUGAUUUAUAAGUAAAGGGGUGGAGAAUAAUUGCCACGUUUUAAGUCGUGUACUCAGCCAGCCCUCUAUUUAUCCGAUUUUGUGGCUCCACAACUUGGACUUCAAUUUUUUGCUAGUUACUUCUCUGUUUGUGGGCAUUAUUUUUUUUAGUAAAGUGAAGUGAUGAAGUUGAGUGGUGUCUAUUGUGCUAAGAAAUAUUGGUGGCUAUGAUCAUAGUUCGUAUCUCUUCGCUUCGAAUGACACAUCUUUGCACCGUGUGAUGCCGGCGACGUCCCCAUGAUGUACGCUCGCGAGGGCCCCAGCAGGAUCGUGGGGAGGAAGCGCGCCACACCACAGUCUCCUCUUCAGUCUCCCCUUCACUCUCCUUCCCCUUCUCAAGCACUCUCUCCCUUACUAGCAUCUUCACCUCUUCAAGCCUUGUCUCCUCUUCAGGUGCCUUCCCCAGGCAGCGUCAUGGCUCCUUCCCCUUCACCUGCUCCCCAGGGCUACCACAUCAAACAUGAGCCCAUGUCCCCACUGGGGCAUGACAACCACGUGCUGCUGUUGUCCUCGAACGCGCCUUCCCCAGCCAUGUCCAGCUGCUCCGAGACCACCUCAUAUAACCCCUUGUCCCCUCACAACAGUGCUUCCGUGGCCAGUCCCGCAGCCUCUUAUAGUAAUAACCCUACCAGUAAUGGCUAUAGGUGCAAGAAAUUGAGAAGCAUUAAUAGUGUUGUUGGUGGUAUUGGUAGUGCAAGUACUGGUGGUAACUUUACUAGUGAUCUAAGUGCUUCUGCUGGUGGGGAUUGGCCCAUGCCUUCCCCAGGCACAGCGAGUAUGGGGUCGCUCUCCCCCAACCACCACUCAAUGGUUAUGUCCCCAGCCUCCACCACGAGUACUGGUACCUGCUCCCCCAGACCAGGUCGUGACGAUGUGUCACCUCCCAACUCGAUGCUCAGCGGAUACGACUCCUCGAGUCUGGCGAGCUGCUCGAGCCUCACCAUCGCCGGCGACGCUAAGAAGAAGAAAGGCCCGGCGCCGCGGCAACAAGAGGACCUAUGCCUCGUCUGUGGGGACCGGGCCUCGGGCUACCAUUAUAACGCGCUCACGUGCGAGGGAUGUAAAGGUUUCUUUCGACGGUCGAUCACGAAGAAGGCAGUUUACACCUGCAAGUACGGCAAGCAGUGUGAGAUGGACAUGUACAUGAGGAGGAAGUGUCAGGAGUGUAGAUUUAAGAAAUGUAUCAGCGUCGGCAUGAGGGAAGAAUGUGUGAUUCCAGAAGUCCAAUGUAAAAUCAAAAGGGAUCAAAAGAAAGCGCGGGGGUCUGACAAGUCCAAAGACGUUCCAAGUCCAGGCGCGGACUCCUGUUCCAGUCUCAUGAGUCCAGGAGCUAUGAUGAGUCCUAACGCUGCCAUGAGUCCAAGUCCUCAGUCCUUACAAGACAGAACUCAUAUGUCUAUCGUUAACACUCUAAAGACUCCUAUUGGCGAUGAUGGACAAAGUCCCCUACAACUAUUCAACUCAACUGUCACGAACCAAACUCAAGUUAACUCCUGCUCGAGCAAUUCCGGCGUGUCUGGACCGAUGGACAAGUACAUACUCAGCAGCGAUCAAGCCGAGAUGAUCAACAGGCUCUUGUACUACCAAGAGGCCUUCGAAGUCCCAACGCCGGAGAACUGCAACAUGCACGCCGUGUGCGAGAAAAUGCCACAAGUGCCAUACGACGAGAUGGAGAACAAGAGUAUGCGCUUCAGCCACAUCACUGAGAUGACCAUCGUUACUGUCAAGCUCAUCGUCGAGUUCGCCAGGAGGGUACCAGGCUUUGAUACGCUCAUGCAGAACGACCAAAUCUCUUUGCUCAAGGCUUGUACGCAAGAAAUAAUCAUGCUACGAGCCGCUCGACGCUACGAUGUCGCCACAGACUCAAUUGUGUUCAGCAACAAUUAUCCCUACAAGAAAGAAGCGUACAAAAAAGCCGGCAUGCUACCCGAGAUCACCGAAGUUCUUUUCAGCUUUUGCCGCAACAUGUCGAACAUGAAGGUUGACAACGCAGAGUAUGCUCUCCUUACUGCUAUUGUUUUAUUCUCAGAUCGGCCUAAUGUAAAAGAGCGAGAGAAAAUCGAGGGCUUGCAGGAAAUCUUCGUACGUGCGCUCCGUGACUACACAGACUGGAAAUACCAGACGCCGUCUGGUCCUAAGUUCGCUAAGCUUUUAGCCAUACUCACCGAGCUACGCACGCUCGGCUUCAAGAACAACGAACAGUGCCACACCGUCAGGAACGAAGUCUAUUUCCCGGAGUUCUUAGGCGAACUUUGGGACGUCAAAAAUGAAGAAACGGAAUGCUCAUGAGCUGAAGUCACGGAUGUGACAUCGCGGCUCUGAUGUAUAUAAUAUUCUUAUGACUAUGUACCAUAAUGCCAAUAGUUUCUUUCCAAUGCUAUCUGAGAAGUAUGUAUAAACAGCGAGAUUGUUAAUGUUUUAAUUCAUAUUUUAGUAUGUCGUGUCAUUAAUGUUCAAAUCAAAAUGCUCGCUCGAGGUCAUCUCCCUAGAUGUCAUCGGGUGAAACGUACAUGAGGAUUGAAUACCUACGCUCUACAAAUUGAAAAUUCAUUGAAAAAUUAUAGGCAAUUCUGCUUGAAGAUUUUAGGUCUAUAUUUAACUGUCAUGUCUAUUUGUGUAGAAUUUGUAUAUAUUUUAGACCGUAACCUGCGCUCGGUGUAUGAAUAGUGAAUGCUCGUGGCAAGACAUAGCAGCCCUCUGCGCAUCCACUGCACCAAACCCUCUUCUGAUGGCACAAAUGCGUUCGUUGAAAUUAAUGUUACUUUGUUCGGAAAUUCUUCCCAUGACUCAUCUCCCUGAUAUGCCUCGUGUAAUGCAAUUCCAAUCAUUUGGCAUCAUAUCAUUUUUAAAAGAUUUGUUGAUGAAAAAUUAGCGCCGUAGGUUCUUGGUUCCUCGUUGAUUCUGCAACUCCUCUGUUAUUUUUUGUUAUGCUGCUGCAUCCUAGUGAGAUGUAUCCGAAUUCCCAUACCCGUUCAGUUAUUCUUAACAAAAGUAGUACAGUCACUCUCGAAAUUUUACGCUUUUUUAUCGUGCUAAUUUUUGAGGCUUGGAGGAUGUCUAGGGAUCGGAGGGCACGUGAGAGCUGCUAUGCCCUGCCGCUCUGUUCAGUGAUAUGUUUCAUGGGCCUUAGCAAAUACCUCCCGAAAAUAAUUACUUACGGUACAUAAUAAUUAAUCAAAUUCUAAUGUUGCAUAAUCUACUUGUUGUAUCUUUUGACUACUACUUCCACUUUUUGAAUUAAUGUAUUUUUGACAUCUCUACCCUUAAGUUGAAACACUUACUUUCCUUUUUAGUCACUGCAAUAUUGUUGAGUGACAUAAUAAUUUUUUUAGCUGAUGAACUACGAAUUAUUAAUUGACUAUACCAUUUGUAUUUUUUUCACUGAUUUGGUACUUGUUCUAAAGAAUAACAUGCGCAAGCUGUUAUUAGUUAAUGGUAAUGCCUCAAAUUUCUACUUUAUUGCAAUAUUAUUUAACCUAGUUAUUUCAAGGCUAUUUCUAUCUAUCUGAAAAUUUUUAUGUCUUCAUCUGCUAUUUAAAAUAUAAACUUAGAACUUCUCUGAACCUAGAGCUUCAUGGCAUGUCAAUGGAAAAAUAUGCGUGAUUGCACCGCUUUAUUCGGAGAGAUUUCACAGUUCUUCUUUUUUAACCGUAGAGUUUUAUAGUGAAAAUGAUGUAUUUUUGUAUGUAGGACUACGGUAUGAUAUGAAUGUCGAUGUAAACCUACUUCUCAUCGAAAACUAUUUGCUAGACUUGAUAUUAAUAGCUUAACUUCUGUGGUCUAUUUCUGGGCCGAAUGCGUGUCGAAUGUUUUUCGUUCGCACCUCCGCAUAAUAUUGCUGAUCGUGAUGAAUUUGUCUAAAAAGGUAGGUUUCUCUUGGUAGAAGCAAUAUAACCACGUAAAUAUACAUGAAAAAAAUCUAUAUUUUGUACUAUUGUUCGAGUGUGUAAGCAAUAUUAACAGGUAGGCUUACCUACUAAACUCCCAGCCAACUUGUGCCUGAUGAUCACCCAUGAACUUUGCGUUUUAUCUAUUAUAAAUUUCUGAAUUGAUAAUGUAUUAUUUUUAUAUGAUGUCGUACGCUGUCUAAGACAUUUAAAUGACCUGCAUUGAGAUCUAUAAACUUGCACUUCGCAAUCAAAAUUUCUGUUAUUCUAGAUAUUGUCAUAACUCUCAUUGAAUGUUUCCUUGGACAAAACAACCUCAGCUAAACUAGUAUGUUUAAAAUUAGUCUUAACGACUGUAGACGUCGGUUAAAUGCAUCUCUGAUAUCGAUGUUAUUUUUUGAUGUUAAUUCAAUGAACUAAAUUUCCAAUGUCUCGUAAAAUUACGUAUGGUUGCCGUGUUCACUGUACUUUUUGGUGCUCUUUUUCUGCCUCUGCCUCGAAUAUAAAAUAUUUGGAUACUAGAUUAGAUCAAAUCGGGAGUGCAAUACUUGAGAAAAAUUAGAUCAGUACUCACUGCAGUGAGUGACAGAGAUCGCAUUUUCUC